CGUUGGCUGGCAGGGCCGGAGAGAGGAGACGCAGGGCUUCCGCCAUGAGGUCCUCAAAGGGUUUUCUUGCCCUUCUGCUUUGCUUCCCCACAGCUGCGACAUUGAGCCUGCUGCGCUGGUGCGCAGUUUCUGACCAAGAGUUGGCCAAGUGUAGCGACAUGAGCAAGGCCUUCUCCAGAGCAAACAUCUCCCCUGAACUGGCCUGUGUCAAUGGUGGCUCAGUGAUUGACUGUGUCUCUAGGAUUAAUCGGAAUUUGGCCGAUGCAGCCACUGUGGACGGGGGCAUCCUUUACCAGGCUGGGAAGGAGCACGGUCUGAAACCAGUCGUGGCUGAGGCCUAUGGCAAAGACCUUGGCACCUCCUACUAUGCAGUGGCAGUGGUGAAGGCGAGCUCCAGCCUGACCAUCAACCACCUGAGAGGAGCCAAGACCUGUCAUACAGGGAUCAACCGAACAGCUGGCUGGAACAUCCCGGUGGGCUUCCUCCUUGAUAGCGGCCGAAUGCCCAUGAUGGGUUGCAGUGUCACCCAAGCCGUCAGUGACUAUUUCAACGCCAGCUGUGUCCCUGGGGCAACUGCUGUUGGGGACCCUGCCUCCCUCUGCGAACUCUGCAUAGGAGACUCUGCUGGACAGAGCAAGUGUGAGAUGAACUCCAAAGAGGGAUACUAUGACUACUUGGGUGCCUUCAGGUGCCUGGCGGAUGGGCCAGGAGAAGUGGCCUUUGUCAAGCAUACCACGGUGACCGAAGCCAUGGACGGCCAAGCUCAGCCUUCCUGGACCUUGGAGGACUUCCAGCUGCUCUGCCAGGACGGGAGCCGGGCGGCAGUCAGCGAGUGGCGGACUUGUCACCUGGCACGGGUCCCUGCUCAUGCCGUGAUCACCCGACAGGACGUGGAAGGCAGCCUCAUCUUUAAAGUGCUGGAUCAAGGACAGCAAAAUUUCAAUGGUGGAAACUCCAGCUUCCAGAUGUUUGACUCUGCAGUCUAUGGAGGGAAAAAUCUUCUCUUUAAAGACUCUACCGUAGAGCUGGUUCCCAUUAUGGAACAGACCUACCAGGCUUGGUUGGGAGAUGAAUACCUGCGUGCCAUGCGAGGCUUGGAUUGUGAUCCUAAAAGGCUGCCAGGAUUCCUGCGCUGGUGCGUCUUCUCAACGGAGGAAAUCUGGAAAUGCAGCAAGAUGGCUGCCGCCUUUAAGAGCCAGAAUCUGAAGCCCGAAAUCCAGUGUGUUUCAGCCCAGAGUCCAGAGCAGUGCAUGGAACGCAUUCAGAAAAGAGACAUUGAUGCUGUGGUUCUGGCUGGAAAGGAUGUUUAUGUAGCCGGGAAGACCUAUGGCCUGGUGCCGGCUGCUGCAGAGCACUACGCAGAGGGAGAUACCGUGAGCACCUACUAUGCGGUGGCAGUGGUGAAGCGAGCAACGUCUGACGCCUUCACCAUCCAUGAGCUGCAACAGAAAAGGUCCUGCCACACUGGCUAUGGGCGGAUGGCCGGCUGGAACAUACCCAUUGGCCUGCUGUUGCGAAAGGGGUUCAUUCAGCCCCAGGAAUGCGACCUUCUCAAAGCGGUGAGUGGCUUCUUCUCCACCAGCUGCAUUCCGACAGCCGAGAAGGAGGGCUACCCUGCCAACCUCUGUGAGCUCUGCAUUGGGGACAGCCAAGGAAAUUUCAGGUGCAACGCCAGCAGCCAGGAGACGUAUUACGGCUACACAGGAGCCUUCAGAUGCUUAGCAGAGGGUCAUGGUGACGUGGCUUUUGUCAAGCACAGUUCAGUCUUCGAAAACACCGAUGGGCACAAUACUGAUGCUUGGGCCUCAAGACUUCGGUCUGGCGAUUUCCAGCUCUUGUGCCCAAACGGUGCCCGUGCUGAAGUUCCCCAGUUUGCUCAUUGUCAUUGGGGCCAAGUGCCUCCUCGUGUCAUUAUGGUCCACCCAGACACCAGUGCCCUGGUUGUGUACGGGCUUCUGCGUAAGGCUCAGGAUUUCUUUGGUGAUGACAACAACCCGAAUGGAUUUAAAAUGUUCAGUUCAUCAGAAUUCCAAAAGCAGGAUUUAAUCUUCAAGGAUUCCACAGUUGAAAUUGUGCCAGUGGGAGAGAGAAGAACAUUCGAGUCCUGGCUGGGGCAGCCGUUCCUGGACUCUUUAGAAGGCCUGGAAUCCUCCCAGUGUUCAAGAGCUGCUUCCAAGCCUCCGAAUGCGAUUUUCCUCCUGAUGACAAUUCUGACUCUUGCAACAAUUUCCACUUUGUGAGCCAGAGCUCAGGGGCAAAAGUACAAAACACAACCGCAAGACUUAAAAAUCUAGGGAAUCCUCAUGGACUCAAUCAACGAUUUGUGGAAUAUUUAAUUUUCUUCCCUGUCUAGCCUAAAUACCGUGGCAUUCUAGUUGAUAAGCCAGCUUUUUAACCAUGACGUAUUGAGCAAAUCAUAGUGACCUUCUUUGCCCAAAAUGCUGAGAUCUCAUGGAUGGACUUGGACAUCAUGUAAAAUGAAGAGCACUGAAGCUAGAUUGUGUGGUAGCGGGUGUGAAUCAGGGCCUGCUCUAAACUGCCUUUUCAUAACAACUGUCUCAUUUGGGAGUCCGGGGCUUUUUUCUUGGCUGUGCUAAUCUGGAAUUCAUUACAGUACGCAAUUCUCUUUCCUCUGGAACACAAUAAUUAAUGUGCAUGUUAAGUGACAGGAGAUUCUUGUUGUGAACUACAAAGCAUGAAGAGUACAAAGAGCAGGUAUCAAUGGAGAAGCGCAGCACGGAUGAUCUUUCUGCCAAUACUGCUUUGGCAAUACCUGUGGCUCCACCAAAGACAAAAAGGCUGGAAAUGCUCCCCCUGCGGCCAUAGGAUCCGACCUCAGCAGAUAAAACAGGCUGAUUGCAGGACAGACUGUUUUGGAUGUGACCCAUUCAAUAGUCUUACUUGAUCACAGGAGCUGUAAAAGCCUCGGUGUGUUUUGUAGAUGUGAGAUAGAAAUAUUUUUAAAUAAAAGAAAAAGAAUAACAACCGAUGGGAAAUUAAAUAAUAUGGAAACUAAAAAAGAUAGGGUUAAAAAAUAAACCGAAAAAAGAAAAGCUAUGCAUUUGUAUCGUGGAGUUGAGUCAAUUGGAGUCAGGCUGUAUCCAAGUAGAAUAAAAUAAAUACAUAAAUAAAUCAAUUUUAAUUAAAUUAAACUAUCGCAUAAAAUUGUAUCAAUCAGUUUUCCAUCUCACUGGUAGAAGCUCAAUUCGUGAAUAUAUGCAUGUCUUUCAUUCUGGCUAUUAAAUUGCAUGUACUAUGGAAGUCUUUCCACCGGAAUAAAACAAUUUUCCUAACUCCCGACUGCACACGCUCCAUUCUCCAUUUGAUAGUUUCCAAAUUUUCAGAAUAUUAUUUAGCAUCAUGUUCCACCUUUGAGCCCUCUUUUCUUUCUCAACACCUGUUUUCAAUGUUCCAAAUUAUGUCUCUUCUGUUACGCUUCCAACGAAGGCUGAAAUCUCAGCUUCACUUCACGUGCUCAGACUGAAAAUGUGUGGAACUGGAUCACUCUCAUUAUUUCAAACGAAUUGAAAGUUUCCCUUGUCAAUAGUAAAUAAAAAUUGACUAACAAUAGUCAUAAUGUACCAGGUUGAGAAGCAAUUAAUACAUCACAUCCAAGUAACAGAAUAACAGUUAGAGGGGAAUUGGAGGUCUUCUAGUCCAACCCUUCUGCUCAGGCAGGAGACCCUAUACCCUUCCAGACGAGUGACUGUCCAGUCUCUUCUUUAAAAUCUCCAGGGAUGGAGUGCCCACGACUUCUGGAGGCAACUGGUUGAUUGCUCUGUCAGGAAAUUCAUCCUUAGUUUUAGGUUGCUUCUUUCUUUGGUUAGUUUCCAUCCAUUGUUUGGGCGGUCGCCUGCUUUUGAACAGCUGAGUUGGCAGGAACUGGAGCAUGCGUUGAGAGCCCACCCCAUCUGGCAGCAGCAACCGGGUCUUGGACACAAGCCUGCCUGUCACCCUAUCAGCAUCCUAACCUCAUGGAUCACCACGCCCCUGCAGAUUUAGUUUACCCAACACAAUCCACCCAAUUUUAAACUACAAUAUUAUAGGUGUCUGGUAAAAACCAUGACAAUGGCACCACUGGUCAAGUAAGAUCCACUGUAUAAUAUGCACCAAGACUUGCAGAACAUAAUUUUAUCUUGUGAAUGAUGACAGGUGCAUAUGACAUUGCCCGCACCCAAAUGCUGCUGUAUACUAGUUAGCGAUCCAUUCAUUGUUCUUGCUGAUUCAGUGGACACAUAUGGGCCAAUUAAUUAUCUAGCACAUGCUUAGGCACAAUGGCAUCGGGCUCUUUUUUUUAAUGGUUUAAUAUCUUCAUCAAAUUCUGUCUGUUUAUUACUAAAGUAACAAUAAUUAAAAACAUGGUAUAAACAGAGGCGAUUAGACUUCCAAUUCAGGCAAUUUUCAGGCAAAAUUUCACGGGCCUCUUGGGUGCUUAAUUCCUCCCAGCCCUUUAAGGCUUCCUUUCUUCGGUGUAUCUUGCUCGCUCUACGGUUCUAUCCAUCGAACGUCGCUUCUCGCAUCUCUCGUGGAAACGCUGCCGGCUCCGAUUAAAAAGCAAACCGGCUUCCCCUUUCCCCGGUUCCAAUGCGGCGACGGCGCUCGAGCAGCCCGAGAAGCUGGCGGUCGCUUUUAGGAUCCAGAUCCGCUCCGGGUUCAGGAUCGCGUCCCUAUCCGGAGGAAAGGGGAGGGCGAAUCCGAUGCUGCAUUGAGAGCCGCCCGGUCUCCCCAGCAGGAGCCUCGCCGGGCAGCCUUCCGGGCGCAAACCUGGGCCUGCUGUCCGCAGCCCUCCGCCGCAGGGGGACGCCGGGGGUUCGCACCGGGGAGGGGCGGGGGGCGCGGCACCCUCCGCAACUGUCCUGCCCCCGCGCCGUCUCCCACGCCGCCGCCGCCCGGGGGGGGGAGGGAGGAGAGGCUCAGCUUGGCCCG